AUGCAAUUUUGGCUUUGUUUUCUGACUUAUCGGGCUCACCAUCAACAGUCGCUUCUAUCGUCGGAUCGCAAUUCCUUAGCUUCUGACACUCACCCACUCCCUCAGACGAUCGUCCAUGACAUUGCCUCCUCGCAAGGACAACCACCGUCUCUGCCAUCCUUCCAGCCGGAGGUCCCCCCAGGGAAUGAUACCAACCUUCAAAAACACGAACCAGCGCAUGAACAAUAUCAGGAACCCCUGACACCCCACAGGACGCCGUCCUCCCCCACUGCAGAGCAGUCUGUCAGCUCACAUCAGGCCUUCUUUGUACCUUCGCUGAACCCAUCUAGUGUCAACACCGUCUCUGCUGCCUCAGAAAUCUCCGGUUACGAUUACUUUGCCGGGAUUGCAACCUCUCAGAUCUCUCGGUCGCGAACUGUGUCGAUGGCUAGUUCUCACGACAGCUCCACAGUUGCCAGCAGUCCAUCCCCCUCGAGUAGAACUGUGUCCCCCUCAUCCUCAACGCUUCAACCUCAAACGGCACGCCGAAUCAGUAACAGUGGAUCUCUUUUGCGCGAUCAACGGUCUCGCAAUGCUGCAAGCCGUGCUAGCCCAGUGACGACUAGCAGCGGUGGUGCUGUCAGUGAGUCGAAACGCGGUCAGCCUGCAUUCACUACUGCGCCUCCACAACCCAUUAGCAAGACGACCUCAGCUGACAACCAUCGGCAGCCACUGGAACAGUCGCCGAUGCAAAACCCGCAACAAGAGGAGAAAAGCGGAUCUACUCCGGGCAAGUCGGGCUGGUUUUCUGGUCUCUUUGGACGGAUGAAAGGUGGUGGCCAGGAGAUCUACCUACCGGAUGAUUCGAACCCGUCCGUAAGCCCAACGACUUGA